AUUCCCUCUCCACUCUCAAACAAUCUCCUAAUAACAAAUACAAAAACACAACACAUCCAAUCCAUUACCAUCUACCAACAAUCCUUUCAUUCCCUCUCCCAAAAAAAAAUAAUGGGGCUUUGCAUAAGCAAGCAAAACCCCAAACCCUCCACCAACACCACCGGCAACCACCACCACCAACACCAAACCCCGAUCCAAUUCUCCAUCUCCCCCGGCUACGCGGCGGCGGCCCACCUCCCCUCCCCCUCCCCUCCCCCGGCAAAAACAGCCAACACCAUCCUCGGCAAGCCCCUCUCCGACGUGAAAUCCCACUACACCCUCGGCAAGGAGCUCGGGCGCGGCCAGUUCGGCGUGACCCACCUCUGCACCUCCUCCGCCACGGGGCGCCACUUCGCCUGCAAAUCCAUCUCCAAGAAGAAGCUCGUCACCCGCAGCGACAAGGACGACAUGAGGCGCGAGAUUCAGAUCAUGCAGCACCUCAGCGGCCAGCCCAACAUCGUCGAGUUCAAAGGCGCCUACGAGGACAAGCACUCGGUCCAUCUCGUCAUGGAGCUCUGCGAGGGCGGGGAGCUCUUCGACCGGAUCAUUGCAAAGGGCCACUACAGCGAGAGGAAGGCGGCCGGGAUUUGCAGGAGCAUUGUUGGGGUGGUGCAGAUUUGCCAUUUCAUGGGGGUCAUGCAUCGCGAUCUCAAGCCCGAGAAUUUCUUGCUUUCCGAUAAGACCGAGGAGGCGCUGCUCAAGGCCACCGAUUUCGGCCUCUCCGUCUUUAUUGAGGAAGGCAAGACAUACAAGGAUGUAGUGGGGAGCGCUUAUUACGUGGCUCCGGAGGUGCUCCGUCGUAAAUACGGGAAGGAAGCCGAUGUCUGGAGUGCCGGAGUCAUGCUCUACAUAUUACUCAGCGGCGUACCUCCUUUUUGGGGCGAUAAUGAGCGUGCCAUAUUCGACUCCGUGUUGAGGGGGAAUGUGGAUUUCGAGACGAAACCUUGGCCAUCAAUAUCGGAGAGUGCAAAGGACCUUGUGCGUAAAAUGCUUACAAUGGACCCAAAGAAGAGAAUUACUGCUGCACAAGUUCUUGAGCAUCCUUGGCUUAAAGAAGGAGGGGAAGCGUCUGACAAACCAAUAGACAGCGCGGUUCUCACUAGGAUGAAGCAAUUUAGAGCAAUGAACAAACUUAAGAAGCUAGCACUCAAGGUGAUAGCAGAAAAUCUUUCUACAGAGGAAAUACAUGGUCUGAAAGCAAUGUUCACAAAUAUGGACACUGACAAGAGUGGCACUAUCACUUAUGAAGAACUCAAAGCCGGCUUAGCUCGGCUCGGAUCUAAACUCACCGAGACUGAAGUCAGGCAGUUAAUGGACGCGGCUGAUGUGGAUGGAAAUGGGACAAUUGAUUACAUUGAGUUCAUAACAGCAACUAUGCACAGACACAGAUUAGAAAGGGAGGAAAAUCUUUAUAAAGCAUUUCAAUACUUUGACAAAGAUAAUAGUGGGUUCAUUACAAGAGAUGAACUGGAAACAGGUAUGCAAGAACAUGGGAUGGGAGAUCCAGCAACCAUAAAGGAGAUCAUUGCUGAAGUAGACUCAGACAAUGAUGGAAGAAUUAAUUAUGAAGAGUUUUGUACUAUGAUGAGAACUGGAAACCAGCAUCAAGCCAAUCUCUUCUAGUUGGUGAAUUUUAUCUGCUGCAAAUGGCAAUUGUAUCAUAUACUAUAGAUUAUACAAAUCCCAAUUAUUCUCUUUCCCAUGA